CCAGCAGUGAACACAUAUCCUGCCCCUGCAGUUCAACUUCAGAGAAAAACUGCGACAUCCAGUACGUUAGCCAAGCCAGAAGAAAUAUGAGCUUUUUUCCUUUCUUCUCUUUAGAAACUUGGAUUCUGCUGAUCUCGUUUAUCUGCAUAUUUGUUUUGUACGGCCACUGGACCUAUGGAGUAUUUGAGAAGCUGGGGAUCCCUGGUCCUAAGCCGGUGCCGUACUUCGGGACAAUUGGCAGAUAUAACAAGGUUUACUUCUUAGAUGAUGCUGAAUGUGCUAAAAGAUACGGAAGAGUGUGGGGCAUGUAUGAGCUCAGACGACCCAUGCUGGUUGUGAUGGAUCCUGAUAUGCUGAAAACCAUUCUGGUGAAGGAGUGUUUCACAUACUUUACCAACCGGAGGGACUUUCGUCUGAAUGGGGAUCUCUAUGAUUCUGUGUCUUUAGCUCGGGAUGAUCACUGGAGACGGCUUCGUAACCUCAUCAGUCCCUCCUUCUCUUCUGGUCAUAUAAAAGAGAUGUUCAGCAUCAUGAAACAUCAUUCCCGCAAACUGACUGACAGCCUGAAUCCGAAGGCGCAGAAUAAUGAAGUUAUCAGCAUUAAAGACUUCUUUGGAGGGUACAGUUUGGAUGUGAUGGGGAGCAGUGCAUUCAGUGUGGACCUGGACACGGUCAACAACCCUGCAAAUCCCUUCGCCAGCCAUGCUUCAAAGCUCUUCAGAUUCCCUGAAGCUCUUUUCUUGUUUCAAGGAUUUUUUCCCUUCUUCCUUCCGCUUUUGGAGCUGCUGGGAUUUUCGUUUUUCUCCAAGUCCUCUACUAAUUUCUUUAAAACAGUUGUGGAGAAGAUCAGAGCAGAACGCAGUGAUAGCUCAAAACAGAAUAUGGGAGAUCUUCUUCAGAAUUUCAUCAACUCUCAGACUGGCAAUGAAAACAGUAAAGAGAAGCAGAAAAAGGGUCUUACUGAUCAUGAGAUCCUUUCACAAGUCACAAUGUUUGUUUUUGCUGGCUAUGAAACAAGUGCCAACACACUUGUUUUCUUAGUGUACAGUCUGGCAAGAAAUCCUGAAGUCAUGAAACGUCUGCAAAAGGAGAUAGACCAGACUUUCCCAAAUAAGGGUCUAGUCCAGUAUGAGGCUCUGAUGCAGAUGGACUACCUCAGCAGUGUGGUUGAUGAGUGUCUGAGGCUCUACCCACCAGUUGCACGUUUGGAGCGAAUUGCUAAAGAAACUGUAAAAAUCAACGGACUAACAAUCCCAAAGGACGUGAUUGUUAUGAUUCCAGUCUACGCUCUGCACCGUGACCCCGAGCUGUGGCCCGAGCCUGAGGAAUUCAAACCUGAGAGAUUUAGCAAAGAGAACAAGCAGAGCAUCAACCCAUACACUUACCUACCAUUUGGAAUUGGCCCAAGGAAUUGCCUGGGGAUGCGAUUUGCUCAGCUGAUGAUUAAGUUGGCCGUGGUGGAGGUUUUGCAGAACUAUAGCUUCUCGGUUUGUGAAGAGACAGAGAUACCUUUGAAGAUGGACCCUGCUAGCCUUCUUGGUCCCCUUAAUCCUGUUAAACUGAGGGUAUCGAUGCGCUCUGUCAACACAACAAAUAAGGACUAAUGCAGCUAAGAAGUUGUCAAAAUGUGUAAUCCUUUCAAAUCUGAGCUGUCCUGAGAAGAACUAUACCAUUUGUUUCAACAACUAGAUUCAAUCAAAGUAAACACAAUGCUAGUUGAUCAUGUUUAUGACCUUGCAAUGUAUAUGUGCCUUACAAUCAUCAGCCUUGGUAUUUUAUGUCAAAUACAAUGCAAUCAACAGAACAUCCAAAAACAUUAAUAUUCAUUUUUACGCUAUUUGUUGAUUUGAAUGCACAGUAUCUGAGGAACUGGAGGAAAACUGGGCACUGAGAAGAAUCAUAAAGACAAAAGGAAACUAAGAAUGUGAAAUAAACAGCAUGUAUGAAAUAAACCGUAACAAAAACAUGGCGUACGGUUUGUGCCAUAUUGAAAGAUGUUUGCAUGUUAACCAUUAGAAGAGCUAGAGUCAUUUUAGAAAAGUGUCCAUUUUAAUUUCAACAUAGGCCUUUGAGGAUUAACAGACAUUCCAACAAACUGUUUAACAUAUGUGAGAUAAAAGAAAAUAAACCAAAUAGAGUGAAGUGGAACUGUGACGUGUGAGAUAAUCUGUGCUGACUAUAAAUGCAAUGGGAAAUUUUUAAA